CUCCUGCAAGCAGACCCUCUCCUCUCUCUAAUUCUGCUGCCAGCAAGAACUCUAACUGCCUGUUUCACCUACCUAUCGUCAGUCUCACCCAUCAUUGGCACUUCAGUUUUUGAACGGACACAGUAUGGAUACCCAUUACCCAAGGGAGGAGGAUACCAUCCUGAAAGGACCCAAGAAAACAGAUUCCCCCAGUACUGUUAUUACAAUGGGAGCUCCAGCACCAAUUAAGGAUCACUUGAUCUGGUCCCUGUGUAACACGCUGUACCUGAACCUCUUCUGCCUGGGAUUCAUUGCACUGAUCUACUCUAUCAAGGUACGAGAUCAGAAGGUGCAAGGAAACGAGCAGGCAGCACGGCGAUACGCUAAGAAGGCGCACUGCUAUAACAUGCUGGCCACGGUGUGGAAUGUCACCAUCCCUGUGUUGCUCUUGGUGACACUGGUCAUCGGCAUUGUGCACCUAUCACAAGUGGUGAAUGGCAUAAUAGACUUCUUUGGGCUGCGAGGCAGCAGUGACGAUGACGAGAAGUAAAGCCGAUACGAGCAUACGAUCCCCACUACCUGUGUACAGGAAAUGGAGUGGAAGCCAUUUUGUUCUGAACAUCAGACUGACAAAACUAAAAUAAAGCUGGUUUAGUAGCACUCAGACUCCCAGCUAGUUAGUUAGUUAACCCAAAAAACAUUUAUUUAAAAAGUGGGAUAGUGUAUAUACCAUUCAUAGUAUUAACCCCAAAGGCCACCUGUUAAGCCUGGGGCCCCAAGCUAAUGCCCUGCUGUAAAAAUGGCCCUGACCAAAUACCAGUAAAACGUUAUUUAAUUUACAGUAUUUUUAUGGACACUGGUCUGUUAUCUGAUUAAAGUAUACUUUCUAUUGCUUCUUUUGUUCCUUGGUGCCAUGCAUGCCAUACAACUAUGAUCCCUUUGCUUUGGCCUGGCUGUACCACAAUACCAAACAUCUAGCCCUGCUGUCCACAACAAUAUUUGUUUUUUGGUCAGGGUCAGAUUGGGCUAGUGGGAAACCGAGGGCUCGACCCUCAUAGGCUAACCCAGGCUGGCAGUGGGUGACUGGGUGGGAAGCAGGGGCCCCUGAGGGGGUGUGGGGGCCCCUGAGCUAGUACACCUAAGUCCAACGUGGUUGAAUGGGCCAUGAAGUUCCCCAGUAUUGCCCAGGGCCAGUAAGUGCUUGUUACUCUGAGGAAGUGGUGUAAAUAGCUGUGUAUAAGUAGAUACACCCAUUCAGUUACUGGGUAUUGUUUGCAUGUACUCAGAGACUUUUAUUAAAAAUAACAUUAGAUGGA